UAAACUGUCAUCAUGGGGGAUGGAGAAAUGGAGUGUUUUGGCCCAGCGGCCAUUUUUCUCCGGAAGCCCGAGAAAGAGAGGAUUGAAGCCCAGAACAAACCAUUUGAUGCCAAAACAUCAUAUUUUGUGGCUGAACCAAAGGAGAUGUACCUCAAAGGGGUUCUUCAAAGUAGAGAGGGGGGCAAAGCCACUGUUAAGACUUUGUGUGGGCAAACCAUUACAGUUAAGGAGGAUGACAUUCACCCCAUGAACCCUCCAAAGUACGAUAAAAUUGAGGACAUGGCCAUGAUGACCCACCUCAGUGAGCCCACUGUGCUGUACAACCUCAAAGAGCGUUACGCAGCAUGGAUGAUCUACACCUACUCCGGGCUGUUCUGUGUCACUGUGAACCCCUACAAGUGGCUCCCAGUGUACGAUGCUUCUGUUGUAACUGCCUAUAGGGGCAAGAAGAGAGUUGAAGCUCCUCCCCACAUCUUCUCCAUCUCUGACAAUGCCUAUCAGUUCAUGCUAACUGACCGUGAAAACCAGUCAAUUCUGAUUACUGGAGAAUCCGGUGCAGGAAAGACUGUGAACACCAAACGUGUCAUCCAGUAUUUUGCAACAAUUGCAGUUUCUGGACCAAAGAAAACAGAGCCUGUUCCUGGAAAAAUGCAGGGUUCCCUGGAAGAUCAAAUCAUUGCAGCGAACCCUCUGCUGGAGGCUUAUGGUAAUGCCAAGACUGUGAGGAAUGACAACUCCUCUCGUUUUGGUAAAUUCAUCAGAAUCCAUUUCGGGCAAACAGGGAAACUGGCUUCUGCUGAUAUUGAAACUUAUUUGCUGGAAAAGUCAAGAGUCACUUUCCAGCUGUCAGCUGAGAGAAGCUACCACAUCUUCUAUCAACUUAUGACAGGCCACAAACCAGAGCUGCUUGAGGCACUUCUGAUCACCACCAAUCCAUACGACUACCCCAUGAUCAGUCAAGGGGAGAUUGUGGUGAAAAGUAUCAAUGAUGUUGAAGAAUUUAUAGCCACAGAUACUGCAAUUGACAUCUUGGGCUUCAGUGCUGAGGAGAAAAUAGGCAUCUACAAACUGACUGGAGCAGUGAUGCAUCAUGGGAACAUGAAGUUCAAGCAGAAGCAGAGAGAGGAGCAGGCAGAACCUGAUGGCACUGAGGUGGCCGAUAAAAUUGCCUACCUCUUGGGCCUGAACUCAGCUGACAUGCUGAAGGCUCUGUGCUACCCCAGAGUGAAGGUCGGGAAUGAGUUUGUGACCAAGGGGCAGACUGUACCUCAGGUUAACAAUUCCGUAAGUGCCCUCUGCAAAUCAGUCUAUGAGAAAAUGUUCUUAUGGAUGGUGGUGCGUAUCAAUGAGAUGUUGGACACCAAGCAGCCGAGACAGUUCUUCAUUGGUGUGCUGGAUAUCGCCGGCUUUGAAAUCUUUGAUUUCAACAGCCUGGAACAGCUGUGUAUCAACUUUACCAAUGAGAAACUGCAACAGUUCUUUAACCAUCACAUGUUUGUGCUGGAACAAGAGGAGUACAAGAAAGAGGGGAUUGAGUGGGAGUUCAUUGACUUUGGUAUGGACUUGGCUGCCUGCAUUGAGCUUAUUGAGAAGUUUGUGCGCUGCCUGAUUCCAAACGAAUCAAAGACACCAGGUCUGAUGGAGAACUUCCUGGUUAUCCAUCAGCUGAGGUGUAAUGGUGUGCUGGAAGGUAUCAGGAUCUGCAGAAAGGGUUUCCCCAGCAGAAUCCUCUAUGGUGACUUCAAGCAGAGAUACAAAGUCCUGAAUGCCAGCGUGAUUCCGGAAGGACAGUUCAUUGAUAACAAGAAGGCUUCAGAGAAGCUCUUGGGUUCAAUUGAUGUGGACCACACUCAGUACAAGUUUGGCCACACCAAGGUGUUCUUCAAAGCUGGUCUGCUGGGGCAGCUAGAGGAGAUGCGAGAUGACAAACUGGCCACUUUAGUCACCAUGACUCAGGCCCUGUGCCGUGGUUUCCUCAUGAGAAGGGAGUUUGUGAAGAUGAUGGAAAGAAGAGAGUCUGUUUUUACCAUCCAAUACAACAUCCGCUCAUUCAUGAAUGUGAAACACUGGCCAUGGAUGAAGCUGUACUUCAAGAUCAAGCCACUCCUGAAGAGCGCAGAAACUGAGAAGGAAAUGGCCAACAUGAAGGAGGAGUUUGAGAAGACCAAAGAAGAGCUGACGAAAGCACUGGCCAAGAAGAAGGAGCUGGAGGAGAAAAUGGUGUCUCUUCUACAGGAGAAGAAUGACCUGCAGUUACAAGUGCAAUCAGAAACUGAAAAUCUCACAGACGCGGAGGAAAGGUGUGAGGGUCUCAUCAAAAGUAAAAUCCAGCUUGAAGCAAAACUCAAAGAGACAAAUGAGAGGCUGGAGGAUGAGGAGGAAAUCAAUGCUGAGUUGACUGCCAAGAAGAGGAAACUGGAGGAUGAAUGUUCUGAGCUGAAGAAAGACAUUGAUGACUUGGAGCUGACCUUGGCUAAAGUGGAGAAGGAGAAACAUGCCACGGAAAACAAGGUUAAAAACCUGACUGAGGAGAUGGCCUCUCAGGAUGAGAGUAUUGCCAAGUUGACCAAGGAGAAGAAAGCCCUCCAAGAGGCACAUCAGCAGAUCCUGGAUGAUCUCCAAGCAGAAGAAGACAAAGUCAACACUCUGACCAAAGCCAAGACCAAGCUUGAACAACAAGUUGAUGAUGUAAUUAUGAUCAAAGGGUCACUGGAACAAGAAAAGAAGCUACGCAUGGAUCUUGAGAGAGCCAAGAGAAAGCUUGAGGGAGACCUGAAACUUGCCCAGGAAUCUAUAAUGGACCUGGAGAAUGACAAGCAGCAGUCAGAAGAGAAGCUAAAGAAUGGCCGCAGGAAGUUUGUCAGACGACCCCCAAACGCUGAAUUCAAGCCACAGUACACUGUCCUGGCAGAAUGGAAGCAGAAGUAUGAGGAAAGUCAGGCAGAGCUGGAAGGGGCUCAGAAAGAGGCUCGUUCUCUCAGUACUGAACUGUUCAAGAUGAAGAACUCCUAUGAGGAAACUCUGGACCACCUGGAGACCAUGAAGAGAGAGAACAAGAACCUGCAGCAGGAGAUCUCAGACCUGACUGAACAAAUUGGUGAGUCUGGAAAGACCAUUCAUGAGCUGGAGAAGUCCAAAAAGACAGUGGAGAUAGAGAAGUCAGAAAUCCAGACUGCUCUAGAGGAAGCUGAGGGCACACUGGAGCAUGAGGAGUCUAAGAUCCUACGUAUUCAGUUGGAACUCAACCAGGUCAAGGGUGAAAUUGACAGGAAGCUGGCUGAGAAAGAUGAGGAGAUGGAGCAGAUCAAGAGGAACAGCCAGAGGAUCAUUGAUUCCAUGCAGACCACUUUGGAUGCAGAAGUCAGGAGCAGAAAUGAUGCUCUGAGGGUCAAGAAGAAGAUGGAGGGAGACCUCAAUGAAAUGGAGAUUCAGCUCAGCCAUAACACCAGCCUGAUUAACACCAAGAAGAAGCUUGAAGGUGACCUUGUUCAGGUCCAGGGUGAGGUGGACGAUGCCAUUCAGGAAGCCAGAAAUGCAGAGGAGAAGGCCAAGAAGGCCAUUACUGAUGCUGCCAUGAUGGCAGAGGAGCUGAAGAAGGAGCAGGACACCAGCGCCCACCUGGAGAGGAUGAAGAAGAACCUUGAGGUCACAGUGAAGGACCUGCAGCACCGUCUUGAUGAGGCUGAGAGCCUGGCCAUGAAAGGUGGAAAGAAACAGCUCCAGAAACUGGAAGCCAGGGUGCGUGAGCUGGAGUCUGAGGUUGAAGCUGAACAGAGACGUGGAGCCGAUGCUGUUAAAGGUGUCCGUAAAUACGAGAGGAGGGUCAAGGAGCUUACCUACCAGGCUGAGGAGGACAAGAAGAAUGUGACCAGACUGCAGGAUCUGGUGGACAAGCUGCAACUGAAAGUGAAGUCCUACAAGAGACAGGCUGAGGAAGCUGAGGAGCAGGCCAACACUCACCUGUCCAGGUUCAGGAAGGUGCAGCAUGAGAUGGAGGAAGCCCAGGAGCGUGCCGACAUCGCUGAGUCUCAGGUCAACAAGCUGAGAGCCAAGAGCCGCGAAGCUGGAAAGGUCAUUUUUCGCAUGUAGUAUCUUGCUAAUCAUUUACAUCUACAUUAUUAAAUUACUGCUAAUUGAAUUGCAUAGUAUUUCUAUAUUAAUAUACUUAAUUUAAUGUAAAAAGAACAUAAGUUUUAAAAUAGUUUUCCAAAUACAAAAAUAUUGCCUAUAUUCAUCCUGCAAGUUAUGAAAUUAUCAUUUGCUUUUCAUUUUAAGGGCAAGGAUGAUGCCGAAUGAGGAACGAAAGAAAUCAUACAAUGAAUCUAAUUUAAUUGUGAAACCUAAUUAAUGCAAUUAGUCAAUAAAGCUGACUAAUGGAAUUUUUA